AUGUUUAAUAUUACAUCCCUUGACGAAUAUUUCCUUUCAUUAGGUGUAGAUAUCAAUAAAAAACUUUUAGACGGAAAAACUGCUCUUCAUAUUGCAGCACUUUAUAAUAAUAAAGAAACUGCUGAACUUCUUAUUUCACACGGUAUAAAUAUCAAUGAAAAAGAUGAAGACAGAGAAACCGCUCUUCAUAAAGCAGCAAUUAAUAAUAGUAAAGAAACAGCUGAACUUCUUAUUUCACAUGGCAUAAAUAUCAUUGAAAAAAAUUAUAGAAAAGAAACUGCUCUUCAUUAUGCGGCACAUUAUAAUAGCAAAGAAACAGCCGAACUUCUUAUUACACAUGGUGCAAAAAUCGAUGAAAAAGAUAACGAUGAAGAGACCGCUCUUCAUUUUGCAGUGAAAUAUAAUAGGGAAGAAAUAGCCGAACUUCUUCUUUCGCAUGGUGCAUAUAUCAAUACAAAAGACAAAGAUGGAAAAACCGCUCUUCAUUAUGCAACAUCGAAUAAUAAUAAGGAAAUAGCUGAAAAUAUUAUUUAA